GAGUAAGAUGUAUGGGGACAGCUGCCCAGCCUUAGUGAGUAUUUCACUGAAGAUGAAAAUGAUUAUCUUUCUCUAGCUUCUUCUAUUAGAUGACCCUGAGAUAGAAGCACAACAGUGGACGGAGGUGAAUGGACAGAGGAUAUGUCAACAACUUCUACAAGGGAAGAAUAUCGAGAAUGGAAUCCAACGGUGAAAUGUUCGUUAUGAUAAGGAAUUUAAAACCUGUGGACGCUGGUGACUACAGGUGUGUUGUCAGCAGUGUGAAUCAUAUCUACUCUGACUUUCACCUCCAGAUUGAUAGUGGUCGACGUAGCGGUCCUGUACCCCCUCGACCUCGUGUCAGAUCAACCAUCAGACCCUCCAUCUCAUCAUCAUCCUCCUCAGACACCUCUGGGCCUGUUUUCCCCAGUGUUUCCCGGAGUGUUGGUAUACCACUGGCUGCAGGUCUCUGCAUCACGAUGGGGAUCGUUAUCUGUCCAAUCAUAGUUGCUGUGAUUCAUCGCAAAGUCAGGGCAAAAAAGAAAUGUGGAGCAACUUCCAGUGACUCAGCAGCCCACAUCCUCUCAGUAGGUGCUAAACUUGGACGGUGUCUUCGUGACUCAGUGUCAAAUGUCCUGUUUUGUCCCAGAAACAACAACAAAGGCACGUCCCUCAAGAGGAGAGCAGUAUUGUCUACACCACAGUGGACUUCAAACCUCAUGAGAACCAUACCACAGAGCUGUAUGCUAACCUACAGACACUCAGCAGCCCCAGAGGUCAUGACCCUGACACACACAGAGAGCCUGCUGGGACGGUGGUGUACUCCACACUGGCUAGCAACCAACGCUGAACCGGAUUGUUCCGUAUCUGUAUCUUUCUUAGCCUGGUGGUCACAGAUCUGUUUGUGUUGUCUUGAUAUGCUGUCAUGACCAGGCUAUCUGUAUAAUUGUUAGUUGCUACAUUUUUUUUUUUUUAUUAAUUAUAUAUAACUUAUAAAUGCCUCAGGAGAUUAGUUCAUCUGUCGUACCCCCAUCACAACCAAAAAUAUAAGCUUGUUUUACUCCAAUGUUUGUAAACAAAGUAAAUGUAAACAAACACAUUAUAGCCUCAACACAUGGUUAAAACUAUAGUGUUGAUAUCAUGGAUGGUCAGUCCUUUUAUCCAUAGCUCUGUCUAGGAUUUAGACAGGCCCAUCCUUCCGCUUUUUACCAAAACAGUAGCGGGGUGCCACUUUGUUUAAACUGCGGAUUCUAGCUUUAAUAUGAUUGAUUUAUGUGUAUAUUCUUUUUGACUUAUGAACUAUACAAAUAAAAUAACUCAACUGCA